CCUCCCGCUCCCUCCAUCUUCCCGUGCUUUCUCUACACGAGAAUGGAAAACAGAAGCAGAAACCAGGAUUCUUUAACUCGACGCGUUUUGGCAGAGAAGCAACGGCAAACCAGGGAAGGAUCCGUGACUCGAAAGGCUCGCAGCAGGCGUCUGGCUCGAGGAUGAAGGAAGCCUGAAGAAGCUAAAAUCAGGGAGGCACCUGGAUUUAGAAAGCAGACAAGUCUUUUGCGAUGGGACCGAGAUGCAGCGGAGGAAAAUGGAAAAGAUGCGUUGACCUUUGGCGUUUUUCAUUUAUAAAGCAGUGAAGGAUAUAGGAGAAAAGGGGAGGAUCUGGGGCUUCGGGUGUGAAUGAACAAGGAGAACAGAAAGAGGUUCUGACAACGAACAAAGAGCAGGUUAGAGGAGGAUAGGCGUAUGGUUAUGUUCCGGUCCCAAUCAGAGAGAAGCGAAGAAAAGAGAGAGAACUGAUUGGGAAAAGGAGAGAGCUUUUCGAGGGAAAAAUAAAUCCAGACGAGAAAAAUUUCCGGGUUUCCUUUGAGAGUUCUAAAAGGGGAAAGUAGAGCAGAAAGGACGCCGUGAGAUUGAGGCAGUUUGGUGGAAAGUAAAGAGAAAGAUGGCUCGGACUAUCUAUAUCAUGUCUUGCACUGGCCAUUGCUGUUUUGCGGGUGGCAAUGGCAACAGCCACAGACGAAGAAACAAUUCUUGAGCUCUAUAUGCAUGACAUUCUAGGAGGCAGCAGCCCAACUGCUAGGCCUAUAACUGGCUUGCUUGGGAAUAUAUAUAAUGGACAAGUGCCAUUUGCCAAACCAGUAGGAUUCUUUCCUCCAAGUGGAGUUGCCAUUCCUAAUACCAACGGAGCCAUUCCAACCGUAAAUGGUCUUACUGGGAUUCCACUAGGAACUGGUUUGGCUGGCACAACAUUUGCAGGACAGUCACAAAAUACUCAGACAACUUUAGGUGGUGAUGGACUGGGAUUAGGUUUUGGAACAAUCACUGUUAUUGAUGAUAUAUUGACCACUGGUCCUGAUCUGGAAUCACAGGGAAUUGGUAAAGCUCAAGGAGUGUAUGUAGCAAGUUCAUUAGAUGGAACUACUCAGAUGAUGGUAUUCACUGCCAUGAUUGAAGGAGGUGAAUAUGGUGACACUCUGAACUUCUAUGGCAUAUUCAAGAUUGGCAGUCCCAUGUCGCGAUUGUCAGUGACCGGAGGGACAGGUAAGUUUAAGAAUGCUAGUGGAUUUGCAGAACUCAGGGCGCUUAUUCCUCCUGGCCAACAUGUUACUGAUGGAGCAGAGAUGCUACUCAGGAUCACUGUCCAUCUUAACUAUUGAAAAGAGAUUUGUGUAAAUUGAGGUCAAAACUGUUGGAAGAUUCUCAAGAUUCAAAAUUUUCAUUUGUAUUCUUUGUUGCAAGACAAAGUUAAAUGUUAUGAUGAAAUUUGACACUGGCA